GCUGGAAUACUUUUGCAAUAAGACGGCCAUGUAUGACGGUCCUAAAUCGCCCACACGUUUCACAACUCGAACGUACGUUACGAGAACAGCUUUGGUAGAAAUCAUCAUUUUUUAAACGAAAGUGUUUGUCAAAUUGCUUUAAAAACUGGCUUGCAGUUUUUCAAAGGGAAAGAUUUUAAGAUUUUCCAAAGUGACAUACAGGGAAAACUAGCUCCUCACUAGGAAGCCAACCAAAAUAGUUUAUAAAGUGGGUCACCCAAGGAGAAAUAAUCAAAAUUUCAAUGUGAAUUCACAGUCAAUGAUAAAUAAAACAGUAUAUAUAUAGCUACGCAUAUGCGGCGAUGUUGUUCUUACCCCUCUGACCGGUUCUUUACUCAUUCGAGAGUAUCACGGUUUCGCUACGCGCCUGGUUGUGUAGAGAAUUACAUCAAAGGGAAACUACCCAUACUGACUUACUCUUCACUCAAAACAAUAAAAACACUGAGGGACAACAGCUCUUAGAAAUUCUUGUUAAUAUUGAUGGAACAGGUAUAUUCCAGAAGCUACAGAAGAUGCGUUUUGAUUAUUUUUCUUCUAAGUUUUUGUUGUUUUAUCGGAUAUACAAACUGUAAAGUUGUGGGCGGAUUUGUUUUGCCGCACGGCGGCGUAGCCCUUGACCCACGAAAUUUCAAUACGCGGAACCAAACGGAGAGGGAUGAAGCGAAGACGCUACACGAGGCUUGUUUGAAAGUUGGAAGGGAUGUUAAAGACCUUAAACCAGAUAUUAUAUUUCUGAGUACACCACACGGCCUAUCUGAUUAUCGAAAUUUCCUGCUGUAUAGCAAUGCGAUGGGGUCAGCUGACCCUUAUACAGGCGCGGAUACCUGCUGUGUUUACAGAAGCUAUGGUGAUGCGGAUGAUUGCCUGGUCCUGCCUUGUCGGUACAACCUAAGCGUCGAGUUUGAAACCCAGAUAGCUUCUAUGGUUACUAAAUUGUUUGGGUACAGCAGGAAUGUGUCUUUGUUAACCGCCUUCGGACCAGAAGGAAAUGAAAAUUCUAUUUCAUUAAGAUGGGGAGAAGUAAUUCCACUACUUUUUGUUGGAAAUAUGUCAAUAUCGAAAAUUGUUAUUCUAUCACAGCCAACGAGACGGUACACUGAUAGUGUACAUAUGAUACCCGAGCUUAUCCAGUUAGGCAAUGAUCUGUUCAGACUUCUCGACGAGUCCCCACAAAGGAUAGCUGUGAUAAUAAGCUCCGAUCUCGCGCACACACAUAAAGCUGAUGGACCAUAUGGAUAUUCAAAUGCCUCUCAGCCUUUCGAUGAUGCUGUCGGCAAAUGGGCUAGCACAUUGGAUUUUAACUUUCUUGUCAAAGCUGGAACACUUGUUGAUCGGGCUCUUUCUUGUGGUUACACCGGUCUAGUGAUGCUUCAUGGGAUGUUGUCGCAUCUGGAUGUGUCGUCAUGGACAUCAACGGUAUACGCAAAUCUGCAUCCAAGUUACUAUGGAAUGAUGGCUGCCAGUUUUCAUCGCAAUGACAUUUUACAAUAA